UAGCGCAGCAUCCGUCCAGUUAAGCAUCAGUUAGCUUUCAGUUGUGAUUCGAGCAGUAAGGCACUACAGGUCUAAUUUUUGAGUUCAAUAUUCCGUCUAAUUCAAAUUUAAAGAAAAUGAAAUACUUCGUCGUUCUUGUUGCUGUUAUCGUUGCUGUGUACGCCGUCGAGGAGCAGGAUAGCUACACCCGGGAGAAACGUGGUUUCGCUAGCGGUGGAUACGGUUCUUCGUCUGGUGGAUCCAGCCAUAGUGGCGGAUCCAGUGGAUACGGAAGCGGAGCAGGUGGAGCUGCAGCUAUCGCCCAGCAGGCAGCCAAUCAGGCUAAAGCUGCUCAGAACGCUCAGGCUGGCGCUGCUGCCCAAGCUGCUCAACAAGCUACUUCUCAGUUGGCCGCACAGGCUACUCAAGCUGCUCAACAAGCACAGGCUGUUGUAGCAGCCAAACAAGCCAUGGCUGGUCAGAUCUCGCAAGCUGCUCAGGCCGCCCAGGCUGCCGCUCAGGCUGAAGCUUCAUUGGCCGCUCAAGUCUCUCAGGCCGCUCAAGCCGUAGAAGCCACACAAGUUCAAGCUAUCCAACAAGCUCAAGCUCUCGCCGCGGCGGCUGCUGCAGCUCGUGCUCACGCUGCUACUGCCACUUCUGCCCUUCAAGCUGUUCAGGCUGUCGUGAACGCCCAAUCUCAGAUGGCUUCUCAGGCUCAGUCCAAUGCCCAGCACUUGGCAGCCAAACAACAAGCUUCGCUUGCUGACCUGGCCGCCGCUCAACAGGCAGCAAACAAGGCUUACGCUGCAGCUCAAGCCGCUCAAGCUUUCGGAUCUGGAAGCUAUGGUGGUGGUGACUACAGCAGUGGAAGCACAAGCAGCCAUUACGGCGGAAGCUCCAGUGGAAGCUCGAGCGCACGUCCCCUUCCUAUCUUGUGCGGCGGUGGAAUCUGCUAG